AUGGAUCCCUCUAUCAACCCUCCUCCAACCGACGAAGAACUUCUCGAAAUCCAAAUGAAAGCCUGGCGCAAACAACAGCACGAAGCCCUCAAACUUGAUUCCCGCAUGUCUAUUCCCUACGGCGCGCGUCUUCCCCUCUGCACAUCGAUAUCUUUCGUCUGCGGCAUGGCACUUGGAAUAUCCCACGGGUCAAAAACGGCCGCUUUACGAUUUCGAGCCGAAAAUGCUCAUCGAUUACCUACUUCCCCUACGGGUUGGUAUUUAUAUCACAAGAGCAAGAAUUAUCAUACUGGGCUUGGGGGAGUGAAGGAGGGGUUGAAGAUGGGUUCUAGGAUUGCUUUUUGGACGGCUGGUUUGUUGGCCAUUGAGGAUAUGUGUGAUAGGUGGAGGGGGAGGAAGGAUGUGCUUAAUACUGUGGUUGCGAGUUUGAGUGUUGCGGGGGGUUUUAGUUUAUGGAAUCGUUUCCCGAUAACUACAGCAGCUAGAACAGCUAAAACAGGAUUAGCAUUUGGUAUAGGAUAUGGAUUGGUACAAGAUGCGGUUGGUUAUGCAAGAGGAAGAAGAUUGGGAUAUGUGGAUUUCUUAAUGGGAGCUGGAAGAAGAGGGGAAAAAGAAGAAUCGAGAUAUGAAAGGACGACAAUAUGA